UUUACGAUGAAGAAGGAAACGAAGCGACUGUUAGUCCGAGGGAUUUUUUUCGUCCUAUAUUUAGCCUUGGGCAUGGUGGUUUUUAGACAACUCGAAUCCCACAACGAACAACUUGGUAUACGGAAGGCCAAGAGAGCUGUAGAAGACAUGUUGAUGAAGUACAACAUAAGCCACAAAGAGAUGAAAGAAUUCGUCGAAAUUAUAAGCGAGGCAGAGAAUUGGGGCUACACAAGUGGAUGGUUAGAAAAAUGGAGUUUUAUUGGAUCACUUUUCUUUUCCGGUACUGUCAUCACAACAAUCGGUUAUGGACAUUUCGCUCCAAGAACAUUAGCAGGUCGUCUAUUCUGCAUGGUUUACGCUUUCUUUGGUAUACCAAUCACGUGGUUAAUGCUGACGUCACUUGGUCGAAAAAUCGUUGAGCACAUUGGAUUGUCACUACAAAACAGAAAAUGUAAACCGGAGAGCAAGCUGUUUAGCCUGUUUUGUCUACUUGUUGCUAUGCUGCUGGCAGCCGUUGUUAUGGGCGUCAUCGCUAUAGUGGGAAUGUUUGUAGAGGACUGGACAUUCUUCGAAGGAAUAUAUUUCGCUUUUAUAAGCUUAACCACCAUCGGAUUUGGCGAUUACGUUCCCAUGCAUCCAAAGUUUGAUCCUGAAGAUGUAGAACGUUCUUCGUUCGCGAUAUCUUUGUUUGUAUUAUUUUGUUUUUUGUUGUUUUCGUUCGGGCUUGCUGUCAAUACCAGCGUUCUGUUAUCGAUACGAAAGAUCAUGGAGGAUAAGACGAUCUUUGGUUUUCAGUCGCUUUACGGUACCGAUACUGACGAAGAGUCAGACAUUGAAGAGGAAAUAAGUAGAGAAACAAGAUUAGAAUGACUCGGACUUCAUCCAGUUCAUAUUUUAACAAAAAGGGAGAGCUGAGAGAGUGUAAUCAAGCAAAAGUAACUGACUAAAUACCAGACAGAACCAAGAAUCCCCCCCAAAAUUUUGUUUAUUCACUUUAAACUCACUUCAAACUCAAAUAAUCUGGUCACCAAGGGAAAGUGCUACUCUCAACUCGCGUGUUCCUCGAAUGUUUGGGCUGGAGAAUGAAAGAAUACCACAAGAAAUGAGCAAAAUUGACAGGGGUGUUUUGCCUAUUUCUAGAUCCUCUUAAGAUCUCCGAAAACGAAGGUGACGAACAAAUGACUUUGAAAGGAUUACCUUCGAGGUUAAAGCGUUGGACAAAGCUUAAUCCUAUCUCGUACAAAGUUAAUCAGGGAUAAAAUAUCUCAUCGCCUUCAACUAGAAAUACUGACCUAAAAGGGGUUUAACUAUGCAGAAAUGUUCCCCGAAGAAAACGAGACACCGUGAAUACGAUAAGU